AUAGAUGAAAUACACUGAGAAAGAAGACAGGACACUAACUAGAGCUGCUGCACUGCAGACCAAAAUCACUUAAAGGACCUGCGCCCAAACUCCUCCAUAGUACUCAGGCUGUCCCUAUUGUCUCCAUAGUUAGAAUACUGAGGACCAUGAAGACCCCUCUCUGGUCCCUGCUGCUGCUGUGUCUGUGUGUCCCGGGACACUGUAGUGAAUGCCAUGGGGACUGCCUGGCCUGUGGCCGCAUCCUGCCGCAGGAGAUCAACUUCAACACACUGGUGUGUCUGGUGGAGUGUGAGGGUAACGUGUCCCCUGCCUUCACUUGGGACAUGUGCCGCAAGGCCUCAGCCUCCCCACAGUUACCCUCCCUGCCCAUAGGGGGCGCUGCCAUGCUGAUGCGGGCCCAGAAGGAGGUGGAGGCCAUGCUGCCAGAGGAACAAGAGGAACAGGGGGAAGGGGGGCUGAUGUACCCAGUAGCCCUGCAGAGGUUUGACCACGUGGUCCGUGCUCUGGGCAUAGACGAGUUGGGCAGUGAGAGCCGGCUAACCGCUGAUGUCUACAACUCCCAGCUGCCCCAGGAAAUGCAGGAAAGGGACGAGGAAGAGGGGGACGAGGAAGAGGGGGAUAACGCGAUGGAGAGAGAGCAGGACGGAGCGGCGGGGAUAAGUCUGUCGAAGCGCUUCGGGGGGUUCCUGAAGGGAAGGCAUGGCUACAGGAAGUUGAUGGGCCCCGGGAGGCCCUUGCAGAAGCGCUACGGCGGGUUCAUAGGCGUCCGGAAAUCUGCCCGCAAGUGGAACAACCAGAAACGGUUCAGUGAGUUCCUGAAGCAAUACCUGGGCAUGAGCACCCGAGCUAGCAAGUCCUACAACAGCGUCUCCGCUGACAUCAACCAACAGAACAAGGUGUAGCAACACACACGGCAACUGUAUCCCUGGCAAUGACGCACAUGUCGUAACCUAGCAACCCCCAACCCCGCCCUACAUAUUCAAAUCCGUCACCAAGGUGAUAAACUUCUGUUCUGAACACAACCCCUCAUGAAAAUCCACACUGGAGCAUUAUAGAUUCAGUCUUGUAUACUGCAUUUCCUCAUUGAUAACAAUAACAUAUUAUGAAUAAAAGCUAAGAAAAUAGUAUUAAAAAGACCAUGUAUAUAGCUAAAUGGUUUAUCAGAGCAUCACAUUGGAUUAAUAUUAUAGACACACAAACACACUGUAUUUGUUUUGCUGUCUAUACUGCAUCUGUAAUGUAACUUUUCAAACCAUGUUUGCCUUCAUCAAUUAUGGCUAUUAUUAUUACAUAGGCUAAUUCAGUGUAAACUUCAUGAAUUUAAAUGACUUACUAGUGAAGUUUCCAUGGAUUUCCUAAACCAGUACAGUACAUGAGAGGGAGCUUGUUUGGUGACCGGGCAUGGCACUCUCUUUGUUAGGUUACCCUCUAGUGGCUAACACAAAAAUGACUUUCAGAUUUCCAAUUGAAAAUGGCUAAAAUAUGUUCAUGACUAUCUUAUAUAAUAUAAUAUAUAUUAUCACACUAUCUCAGUAUUAGGUUUGUGGAUGGCUUGUAACCUAUUCACAUCUUCAGAACUAUUCUCCAAACUUCAAUUUCAACCCUGGCUACUAUAAUUUGGAGCAAAACAUCACAAUUAACUGUUACUAUUGCAUAAGACUUAAAGGAUAUAUCCAUGCUCAUGUACCAAUGAUCUGUUGGCAAAACUAAUGUUCUGACUUGAGAAUGAACCUUGGCAUGUGUUUUUUGAAGCGGACGCAGAUGUAGCCUAGGUCUAUUCAAUCCGUUCACGUGUUAACCAGCGACAGCAGACAUCUGCAUAGUGCAUGUUUUGACAGUGUUGGAGGUGGAACUGCGUCGGAGCUGUCAAAUCUGUGAGCAACUGCUCUUGCCAUCAUUGUCACCAAGCCACACCCGCCCCACUAGUGUUAAAAGGUAAGAGAAAGUGUAGGCCAUGCUUCCCCAACUGGCGGCCCAACAAUCAUUUAACAUAACAGACAAAAAACAGCAGCAAAUCAGCUCCAAGUGAUUUAAAUUGAGGAAAUCUGUUAAAAACUACUCCCACACAUAGAUAUGUGAUCAUAUACAAAUGUAAGAAACGUUAUGUUUUAGUCAAACGUUAUAUCUGUUUGGGCUUCUUGCAGUCUUCAAAUGAUUUGUAAUUAUGUUCAGGCCCCCAGACCAUCUGCUCAAGAAAAAAAGAAAAAAAUCAGCCCACAACUGAAUGUAGUUGAUGAUCCCUGGUGUAGGCUAUAAAGAAAUAGUUACUCUUACAUUCCAGUGUUCCAACUUGUAACCAAGGCUGCAUGGGAUUUCUCUUAAUGUACCUCCGUACAGCCAAUGACAAUGUCCGCUUUAGAAUGAAUGCCAGGUGCCGCUUGUGGAGUUGGCAUCUCUGACGCAGUUCCACCUCCAACACCACCAAAACGUUGAAGAGAGACCCUACUGUAUGUAUGAACAGUGGUCUGAGUUAUUACGUGAAACCAUUUUGUUGUGCAGUAUAAAACCUGUAAAUAGCAGAAAUUUUACAUAUCAAUAAAGAUAGUUUACUAUUUGUUUUGUGGCUUGUUAUGCAGCAAAUGA